UCAGUGAUCACUCCGCCGGCAAACCGAUCGCGAAGUACACGCGCUCAAGGAUCCAGGAAGUAACGCCGGCCCCUCGCGGCCAGGAGCCCUGCCAGGCGCUUCCCGACCUACUCCUACACCGAACCAUCACCGGGCAGAGCCGUUCGCAGACAGGGCUCCGCGGACUAAAGAGAUGGAAAUCGUGCCCGAGGGGAAAAACUUCCGAUUGGUAACAGAAGACGAGCUCCCUGCUAUAGCUGAUAUAUUAGUGCAGUACAUGCCUGAAUCUCUAAAGUUCCAUCAGACGAUCCAAACAUAUCUUAACAACAAGGUGUGGGAUUUCCAUUUUUAUGUAGCGAAGAAUUGGCCGGAGGAUCCUAUCUGCCUUCAUUUCCCUGGAUGCACCAGCACUCCAAACCGUCAUCCAUAUGAGAGCGUGACAAUAUUCUGUCCAUCCGAGCGCUCAGAGCUGGUGGACCUACUGAGCUCGGAGGACGUGCUUCUGGACCUCACACAACCAUUGUACCUGAACUUCACUCACGAGGCCAUCGUGGAAAGAUUUGAAAAACGAUAUGAAGCCCACGACAAAAUCACGGGAGAUGUAUACGUUUGUGUCAACCCACCAGAUGAUAACAUUGAAGAAUUGCCACCGGACGUGGAGUUAGUCCGCCUUCAGCCGGAACACAUGAAGGCUGUUCACGAUCUGUAUCCGGCUAGCGACAUCGAAUGUCGGGAGGUGUUCGAGAAGCUGGUGGCCGAACUGCCAGCGUACGGCAUCUUCGUGGAAGGUCAACUGGCAGCCUGGAUGGUGCAGUCAUAUUACGGCGCCAUGUUCUCCAUGCAGACCAGACCAGAGUUCCGUAGGAAAGGCUAUGGUAUAUUCCUAGCGAGGCGUCUCACCAAGGAGGUAGCUGCGCGCGGCUAUAAGCCGUUCGUCGUUAUUCGUCCGGAAAACGACGCGUCCCGUUCCCUAUACUCAAAACUGGGCUUCGAGAAACGUUUCCGAACGGUGCGCGCCGUUUUGCGUCCUCGCUAAUUCAACGUUGAUCACUAGCAGAUUUUAUUUUUUUAAGAAUUUUGAAAUCAAUUUAGCUUGCGAUCUUUGAUCGUUUAGAGAAAUUUAGCGGUAGCUAUAAGAUGGGACGGCUAGUGCUUUCAAAUUGUGUUCCAUUCAUCUUUGAUGAUAUGAUUCAAUGUAUUGGAAGAAAAAAGUUGCUGUCGAAAACAUAAAUGGGUCUAAUAGUUUUUCAAUAAUAGGUUUUGUUAAAUUCAUUAAUAUACAAAAGAUUUGAAAGCAGUAGUCGUUUGCUGCGUUCUAGCGCUAGCUUAGUUACUGAUAUCAAUGAUGCUAACUGUUCAAGGAUUUCGAAAUCUUGUACUAUAUAACCUUAACUCUUUAGAAAGAAACCAGAAGAUCUACACUCGCCAACCCCUAAUAUUAUUGGAGGGAUACGGUUAUUCAAGAUUUCUAGUCUUGAUCCAGUUGGUACUAUAUCAUUUAGGCGAAUGCUUUAUUACCACUCGUUGAAGCGGAGCUGAUUAUCUCAUAGCCCUUGAAGUUUCGGGACCCCGCUCUAUCUGUGUGAUAAUUGAUAUGAUACUAACAUGAGAUAAAAGUUACCGUCAGCACUCGAGUUGCACAAUCCAAAUAUCUAAAGCACCGUUAUUGUCCAGACGCUAUUUAAAUAGUUAUGAAAAUGUAAGGGCCAUAAUUUUUUUGUAAUCCAAAAAAAUAAGAUAGCAUUUAUAGAUUUUGAUAUAACAAUAAUAGAUUGCUUAUUGAAUUUUUUUUUCGUUUGUAUUUUUUUUUUUAUAUACUUUUGCUGGUUUUAUAGAGGGGUAUAUUGAGAGGUUAUGGAAGGGUCAAGUCUGCAUCCGUACUGGAUGUCAAACUGGUUUUUGAUGAGCAGUUUCCGGUUACUGUUUUGUAUUCUAUGUAGACUUGGUUUUUUUAUAAAUGGUAAUUUUUACGUCGUGGUAAAGAAAAAAAUCAAUAAAAAUUUGAUACGAAAAGUAGGUAGGUAGGUAUUUUUAAUAUGGGAAAAUAUUUUACAAUUAUAUUGGCAUAGUUAUUCGUGAUUUAUAUCCAAUGUGUACAUGAGAACGUUCGCUACGAUUCGUCUGGUAUUUAUCUAGUAUUUAGUUGGACGCUUUUAUUAUAAUAUUCAGUUUUGUAUUUUUUUUUUUACAUAACCGUGAAUGUCUUGAGAAUUGUAAUAGCCUGUCAUGGAAGAGAUUGGACAAAUUUAAUUACAACUGUUAAAAUCAAUGUUAAAAAUAAUCUAUAGCUUUUUAUUGUAAUUAAUCAUAAAAGAUUAAUAAAUGAAAGAGCACUUUUUGAAACCGGCACUUAGCUUGAGAUCAUUUUAUAUAAAAUUUUGCUCAAAUUAAGAGCUUCCACCUUUUAUAAAGUUGAUUGCGUCAUUAAUGCAAAAUGCCAAAUACAUUUUAAUUAUUAGCAGAACAAAUAUAAAAUCUAGUAAUAAACUUAAUUCAUCAAUUGACAUAGCAAUAAGCUCUUAUUAAAUAUGGCAAAUGAGUGAAAAAUUUAAAGGAAAAGAAAAGUAUCCAACUGUCAGAAAGGUUACCAUCAAUUCUUAUUUGACAUUUAAUAACCGUUCAAGAAUUGUUGAAAUAUAAAUUUUGAUCUCAAAAAGUUAUUUCACUGCUUUUGUCAGAUUAAAAUUGAUGGUAAACCAAAUUAUCCAUAGUUAUUCUAACAGUUUGUUAAACUCGAUAGUCUAAUAUAAAACACGUUUGACGAAUGAAACAUUUAAAUUAAAUUAAUAUUAUGUAACGUUUGAAAUCUUAUUCCGCCUUUUGUUAAGAUAAAAAAAAAACAAAGCACAUCUACUAAUUAGAAAAUCAAAGAUCAUCAAACGCAAUCAUGCUGAUGCUUCUCCACUUUUCCUACUAUUCGUAGGUGUAUAUGAUUAAGUAGUUCGAAAUCUCUUCAAAAUAUUAAUUAUAAGAACAGUUUUCUGAACACAUUCCAUUGCCUGAGCAAAAAGGACAAGUAUCCGUCCUCGACACAAUUGGAGCAAAAUUCAGUACAUUAACGAAAGUUGUUUAAAUCAAAAGCUACACGAAUAAAGUAGAUACCGUUCUUUAUUGUGUUUAUCGCAUUACCUUCCAAAGGUAUAAAGAAAAAUUAAUAAAAUUAUAUAUUAUACUAAAA